CAUUAUAUGAUUGUGUGUAUUCUUUUUUCUUUUCUUUUUUUUGUUUAAAAAGUUUUUAUUUGCUUAAAGAAUGUACAUUUUGGAUCAAGAUCAAAAACACAGGUUUCUGUCCAUCUUGUAUUGGUGCUCUGUGGCUGGCUUUGUUUUUGUUCUACUAUUACUCUAUUAGUAUUCCAAUUAGUAGAAGACUAGAACUAAUAGUGUAAUGUGCAAAGCUGUUACAGACAGACUUGCAGCCAAGAUGCCUGUACUGCUGUACACAACAGCCAAAUAGAAAUAGAAAUAUAAAACCCCCUCUCUCAAAUUCUCAACUUGCAGUACCAGCCAGACAGACAACUAUUAUUCUGCUUUACAGCCCACACAAAAAAUUCCUAAAUUAAUCUUCUUCUUCUUCUUUCUUUAACAAGAUUGAAAGGAUUGACAGACAAACCUCACACACACACAGUCUUCCUCUCCUUGUGUUCAUAUAUAUAUGCUCUUUUCCUUGCAUGGAGCCGAAGAGGGGAGUGUUGUCGGCGCAAGGUCACUUUCUGUCGGCAUUGUCUGUAUCCAACGAUAUAUGAUACACAUCACUGCAUUUCCCCUUAAUAUAAUCAAAGAUUGAUGCUUCCCGGCUUCUAUUUUGCCUACAUAUUCAUAUUCAUUUCGACCGACCUGCAUAUAUAUUUAUAUAUAAUUAUAGCAACUGCAAGUCUCCACUUUGAUCAAAUACCUGGAUUUCUCUGCUUUUGAUUUGAUGUGGACAUCACUUUACCUCUUAAUUCCCUGUUAUUUGGAUUUGGGUGUCUCUUCUUUUCUUGCUGACCAUCUCUGAUUUGCUUGCUCCUCUUUUUACCACAAACACUUGUUUGUAUUCAGCUCGCCUUUCCGUUUGGGAAUGUGGGUGACUUUUCAUUUGGUUGACAAUUGUUUUGCGAGGCUCAUUCCUGUUGUCAUUGGCAAAUGAAGCUCCAGUUUUUAGGCAUCUGGCUGGGUUACUUCUCUGGCAGUACAGGUUCAAUGUCUGAUAAUUCCUUUUCCAAAAAUACUACCCCCCAUAGUUGAAGCCGUUCCCAUACCAAAUGUCAGCGUCUCUUGCAGCAAUACUUGGAGGUGCUGCAGGAGCCGUGGCAUUGGUGGGGAUAAUUAUCAUACUUAUCGGGUUCUGUCUUCGCAAUAGGAGUGUUUCGAGAACUUCUGAGACAGGUUCUUCUGAUCCAUCUGUUCAAGUGGGAAGACAUGGUGGAGUUGAGUUGUCAAUACGAGAAACAAGGCGUUUUCAGAUGGAAGAAUUGUCUCUGGCCACAAAAAAUUUUAGUGAUACAAAUUUGAUUGGGGUAGGAAAAUUUGGGGAGGUGUAUAUGGGUUUUCUUCAUGACGGGAUGCUUGUAGCCAUCAAAAAGCGAUCUGGAUUACCUAGUCAGGAGUUUAUUAAUGAGGUAAACUAUCUCUCAGCUAUUCAGCAUCGGAAUAUUGUUACUCUGUUGGGCUACUGCCAGGAAAAUAAUCUGCAGUUUCUUGUGUAUGAGUAUAUUCAUAGUGGAAGUGUUUCGAGUCACUUAUAUGGCACUGGUCAGCAUGUUCGUGAAAAGCUAGAAUUCAAGAAUCGACUAUCAAUAGCUCUAGGGGCAGCUAAAGGCUUGGCUUACCUUCACUCUUUGAGUCCUCGUCUGGUGCAUAAGGACUUUAAAACAGCCAAUGUUCUUGUAGAUGAAAAUUUCAUUGCCAAGGUUGCAGAUGCAGGAAUUCGCAAUUUCUUGGGAAAAGAUAUGGCAGGCCCAUCUUCUCAAGUGAUUACUGAUGAGAUAUUCCUUUCUCCAGAGGUAAGAGAAUUUAGACGAUUUUCUGAAAAAAGUGAUGUAUAUAGCUUUGGCGUCUUCCUUAUGGAGUUGUUAAGCGGCAGAGAAGCAGCAAAAUUGACAUCUUCUGACUCGAAUCAGAACAUUUUUGAAUGGGUGCAAAAUAUCCAAGAUGACGGCAAUAUUUCCAGCAUCAUCGAUGAGAGAUUGGGGAAGAGCUUCACAGCUGAAGCUAUGGAAAAGUUGAUGCAGUUGAUAAUAAGAUGUGUAGAAGCUUCGAGUGAAAGGCGACCAGCGAUGAGCUAUGUGGUAAUGGAACUAGAGGGGAUACUUGAGAAAGAGAAGAGCUUGACAACAAUCAUGGGGGAAGGAACCUCGACUGUGAUCCCAGGAAGUCAGUUAUUCAGAGCAAUAAAAUAAAGGCCAUUCUGUGCAUCCACCCAAAACCAUUAAAGAGUGUGAUAUUUGUGCAAUACUAUUUUUCUUUCUUUUUGUUUUAGAAAAAAUAAAGAAGAGAAAAAUAACUUUUAUUUGAAUUUUUUCAUUUUCUGUAACAUCUCGGAAGAAGUGUAUAAAGAACAGCUGCAUUAUUUUUUUGAUUGUUUUGUUUAUGCUACACAGAUGUAUCUUGUUGUAAAACUAUUAUUGAUAUUAAAUUCAAGGUUGAUUAUGGUUUGAGUUAA